UAAGUGAUUGCGCACCUUUAGAAACGUGUUCACGCUCCUCGCCUUCCCGAGUCAGGGUUUCGUUUGCUGCAAACAUGAGCGCCACAGGAGGGACGCCUUACAUUGGCAGUAAGAUAAGCUUGAUAUCGAAGGCGCAGAUUCGGUAUGAAGGCAUACUGUCCUCUGUGGACACAGAAAGGUCCACGGUGGCUCUAGCGAAAGUUAAGUCUUAUGGAACAGAGGAUCGGCACACAGACCGGCCAGUACCACCCAAAGAUGAAAUUUAUGAAUAUAUAAUAUUCAGAGGAAGUGACAUCAAGGACAUUACUGUGUCUGAACCCCCUAAACCACACAUGGGACUUCCUCGAGAUCCUGCUAUUGUUCAGUCAUCUCUUGGCCCUUCUGCUGGAUAUCACCCCCGCUGGAGUCCAUACAGGGACAUGGUGCCCACCUUCAAUCAGCUUGCUGCAAGUUCUCUGAUCAACCAACAGUACAAUGCAGCACUAGGCCUGAUACCAGGAAUUCAAGGCCAAGGUAGAAGAGUUCCGAUGGUGGAGCAGGCAGUUCAGACGGUGCCUUUGGCCACGGCUGCACAGGGAAAAGGAAAAGUUUCAACCCCACCGCGGAGCAGGCAGCCUCCUCGACAAAUCCAGAGUUCUGCUCAGGGUGGUGUUCGUGCUGAAAAGGAAAACGUCCCCACCGGUCGGACUCCAUCCCAGGCAGCUGCAAAAAUUCAAGGGCAGGGCACUGAAAACCAAAGGAGACGGCAAGGAAGUCGCAGGUCCAGGACCAGAAGCAGAGGACAACUUCUCGCUAAAAAUUCAAAAGCAACAACUUUGGAGUUUGACUCAGACUUCGACUUUGAAACUGCAAAUGCUCAGUUUGAAGAUGAUCUGACAAAGGAGGUCAUUGUUGAGAAGGUUGAGUCCGGUGAGGUCCAGGACGUGCAAGAGGAGGAGACUCUGACAGAAAAGUACUACGACAAAGCCAAAUGCUUCUUUGAUAACAUCCCAUCGGAUGUUAAGCCCAGGAGAACAACCUGGGCAGAGGAAAAGAAGCUGAACAUUGAGACAUUUGGAGUGCCGGGCCGCUUCCUGCGGGGCAGAGGUUUCAGAGGGCGUGGCCGCAAGGUGCAGAGUGUCACCGAACAGCGAGCUCUUCCAAAGAUUGGAAGUGGGAGAGUGUAAUUUUCUUUUUUUUCUUUCAUUCUCCCUUGAAUUUUUUUUCAUUAGCAUUUAAGAAACUUGAAUCUUUGCAUCCUUUGCAUGAAAAAGAGGGAGUAGUUUAUUUUAAUGAAGUAGAUAUGCACUAAAAGCAAAACUGUCAGUGGUUGUUGUAGGCAUGUGAGGUAGACUUUCAUGCAAUUCAGCAAACAACUUCUUUUUUUUCUGUUUUGUUUUUGCUUGUGGAUCUGUUCAUUUCCACAAUUCAGGUGGUCAUGAAGGACCUUUGUGUAUUUUUUUUUCUUUUCAUCCUUUGAUAUCUAAAUGGAGAAAAGUAGCUAUUUCUAUUAAAAUACUUGUCAAUGGA